GGAGGGUCGGAUCGAGCCUUAUGGCCCCGCGGCGCCUCCUGCUGGUCGGGGAGGGGAACUUCUCUUUCGCCGCGGCCCUCGGCGCGCGCUGCGGCCCCGACGCCCACGUGACCGCCACCUGCCUCCAGGCGCCGGAGGCUUUAGCCGACCACCCGCUCGCGCAGGAGAACGUACGGCGCCUGCGCCACAGAGGGGCAGAUGUGCGCUUUUCUGUGGACUGUACCCGCCUGGCGGACAUCCUGGACCCGGAUGAUUCCUCUCCUUUCGAUCGCAUCUAUUUCAACUUCCCCCACUGUGGGCGCAAGGCCGGCGUGGCCAGGAACCGGGAACUGCUGGCUGGGUUUUUCCGGAGCUGUGUCGACGUCCUUGCCGAACAAGGCGAAGUGCACGUGGCGCUGUGCAGGGGGCAGGGCGGGACGCCCGCCGACCAGCCCCAGAGAGAGUGGCACAACAGCUGGCAGGUCGUGGCCAUGGCGGCCGAAGCGGGACUCAUCCUCAGCCAAGUCCAGCCCUUUCGCCCCGAGGCCAUGCCCGGGUACAAGUGCACCGGCUACAGGAGUCAGGACAAGUUGUUCGUCAUCGAAGGGGCUUUGAACCACAUCUUCAUUCGAGGCCCGGCCUUCGGGAGUCCCCGGCCCACCUUCUUCAGAGUCAGAGUGGACGGGCAGUGGCUUGUCUUUCCAGUGCCAGAGGCUCUGGUGGACAAAAUGGACAGGGGUUUCCUCGCUGAGGAUUCAAGCCAUCCCAUCAAGUCCAUGAAGGAGCGGCUCAUGGCCGAACUGGGCCGGGCCUUCCCCCUGCGCCAAGUGGAAUGCCCUGCCCCGGUCACUGCGGGGGAGCCUCCCAUCUGGAACGCAGACACCCCCUCGGCCGCCUUCUGGCUCUGGCCCAUCCAGGGGAGAAGUCCCAGCCCUGAGCCAACGGCCGGCGGAAGGACCCUUGAGCCGGAAGAGUUCCCGGCUUCCAGCCUUCCCCUCCCCACUCAGGAAGGAGGCGGGAAGCCGGGGCCGUUCCUCUUGAGACCUUCCCUCACGGUCCACGUCCGGGCCGUCGCCCGCGGGCCGGGGUUCCUCCCCGGGGUCCUGCACGAACUCAGCGGGCCCGUCUUCAGAAAGUCCCUCGUGGCUCCUCUCACGCCGCCGGUGUUUCACCAAACUCUGCUGGUGCUUGGCUUCCCCUGGGAGGAGAGGGACGCCCGGCUCCGGGCCCUCAGGGCCCACCUCAGCGACUCCCUCGACCGCCUCUUCGGCCCCAGCGGUCCGGGGAACGCCAGGGUGAAGGGCUCGGUGACGUGGCAGCCCCAGCCCGAGGCCCGGGAGGCAGCGAUCUGCGUGGUGUCUCCGGCCGAUGACCCGGAGGGCACCAGGAGUGUUGUUAUCGGGGCCAUGGGCGUGGCCGCAGGGAACCUCGGGCCCGGGGACCUGGGUUUGGCAUUGGUGACUCUGAACGUGGACCUAAUGGUCAUGCAGGCGUGGGGCGUCCCCGACUGGCGGGCGCUGUGGCCCUGGGAUGGCCGUUUCCUGUCCCGGGGCGGCCCCGGGCAGGCAGAUCCCUUCAGGAGCCCCUCCCUCUACCCACCGUCCUACGACCACGACGUCAGCUUCUGGCUGGACGGGGAGCGGGAGUUCGACGAACUGGAGUUCCACACGCUCGCCCGGGCCGUGUCCCAGGACACGGUCACGUCCAUCCGGCUCCUUGGGCGUUUCCAGCCGCCCGGGAGCAGCCGGGUCAGCCUGUGCUACAGACUGACCUACCAGGCCUGGGACAGAGCCCUCUCUCGUCAGCGGGCGGCGGCCAUGCAGGCCCGGUUGCGAGAGGAGAUUGGGCUGCACCUGCAUGUGAAGGUGCGCUAGUGCACCGGAGUGUGUGGGUGAGAGUGAGUUUAAUGUGUGUGUGUGGGAGCACUGUUUGGGGGACACUUUCCUAUAUGUAUUGAUGUCUGUCUCCCCCUCUCUAGACUGUGAGCUUGUUGUGGGCAGGGACU